AUGGCAUCCCAAGAUACACCGGAUGUUGAACGUGGGCAACCCAGCGAUGUCGGGAACGGUGCCAGCAGUGCCUCAGUACUGUCCAAAGAAUCGGCUGACGGCAAACGCGCAAACGGUACGACAGCCGCAACUGACGGGCCUGGCUCUAAUCGGCAGCCGCCGGCCGGACCAGACGACGACCCGGAGCCAGAGGCUUCUCGCACGAGGUUGCAGACAUGGCUUAUCAUGUUCGCUCUCUGCAGUGGUCUAUUCCUGGCUGCCCUUGAUAUCACCAUUGUGGCGACUGCAGUUCCUACCAUUGUUGGCGAGUUCAAGUCGUCCUCUGGCUAUACCUGGAUUGGGGCAGCGUAUACGUUAGCGAACGCAGCGACGGUACCAUCGUGGGGAAAGAUCAGUGAUAUCUGGGGACGCAAGCCAAUCUUGUUGGUCUCAGUCGCUGUAUUCUGGAUCGGUUCUCUACUUUGUGCUGUCAGUGUCAACAUGGGUAUGCUGAUAGCUUCCCGGGCGAUCCAGGGAGCAGGUGCCGGAGGAAUUGUGGUCCUGGUCAAUAUCGCCAUCAGCGACCUAUUUUCCAUGCGAUCUCGGGGUGUUUACUACGGCGUGCUUGGUAUGGUCUGGGCAGUCUCCAGCGCCAUCGGGCCAGUGCUUGGUGGCGCAUUCACGACCAAUGUCACUUGGCGGUGGUGUUUCUACGUCAAUCUGCCCAUUUCUGCGAUCGGUUUUGCAAUACUCUUCUUCGUUCUAAAGCUGCAUAACCCGAAGACAUCGCUUAAGGAUGGCAUGGCCGCCGUCGACUGGUUGGGAAGUUUGCUUGUAAUUGGUGGGACGCUAAUGAUUCUGUUUGGACUUGAGCUUGGCGGCAUAGAUUAUCCUUGGAAUUCGGCGACCCCGAUAUGUCUAAUCGUCUUUGGAGUGGUGACAAUCGGAUUGUUCCUGGUCAUGGAGCACAGGUUUGCCAAGUACCCAGUGAUGCCACUGCGACUAUUCAAGAAACGGACCAGUAUCAUCUCCUUUGGCGUAUGCUUUUGUCAUGCCUUUGUCUUCAUAUCUGGCUCCUACUACCUGCCAUUAUACUUUCAAGGUGUACUGGCAGCAUCUCCUCUUCUAUCCGGCGUGUAUCUACUACCGUUUGCCCUCUCGCUCUCGGUGGUGUCGGCCGGCGUCGGCAUAAUUACAAAGAAAACGGGGAAGUACCUGCCCCAGAUCAUCUUUGGAAUGGCCGUUAUGACGCUCGGAUUUGGCCUUUUUAUUAAUCUGGAAGCUCAAGCGAAUUGGGCAAAGAUUAUUGUCUAUCAAAUCGUCGCUGGAAUAGGCGUGGGGCCCAACUUUCAAAGUCCGCUGAUCUCUUUGCAGUCAUCUGUGGAGCGUCGCGAUAUUGCGGCUGCUACGUCAGCAUUUGGCUUCAUCCGUCAACUGUCGACUUCUAUCUCCGUUGUGAUAGGCGGUGUGAUCUUUCAAAACGAGAUGGAGAAACAAUAUCCCUCCUUGCGAGAGAGCUUAGGGCCUGAACUUGCAAGUCAGCUUUCUGGUUCAAGUGCCGGAGGAAGCGUGGGGGUCGUGGCUGCUCUCAAAGGUAGAGAGGGAGAGAUAGCCCGUGGUGCUUACUGGACAAGCUUGCAGACGAUGUUCAUUCUCUACACAGCUGUUUCCGGUUUUGGAUUGUUGCUUAGCCCAUUCAUCGGUCAAAGAACACUGGACAAGGAACACAAGGAGCAGAAGACCGGCCUCAAAACUCUGCAAGCUGCCCAAGGAGAGAGCCGAUCUGAGAAGAAACAUGGCACUUGA